CGCAGAGCUUAUUCGCCCAGUCGCGCCUACGUUAGAAAUCUGACGUCAGGCGAUUGGAAGCGAUAUAGUGAAAGGGCUCUGUUGCCUUUACGCUUCUUACGCAGCGUACAGCCGAAUACAUUCUUCAGAGAAAAGUGCUUAGCUCCUGUUUGAGAAUACGAAGAAGCUCUCCAGUGUCCCCUCCCCUCCCCCGUGUUGUUGUCAGGGUUGCCAGACACCUCCGUUUUUUUGUUUCUGAUCAGCAGGGUUUGUUUCGGAUGGAGUGAAUAGGUGAGUAAGUGACUCCGCCAAGCCGCUGUACAGUGGGAGCAAUGGCAGACUUGCAGGCCCGAGAGGUCAUCACGGUGUGGCCAGCAGCCAUGGUCAACCCAGACACAGAGCAGGACUCGGGGCUUGAGGAGGAGGAGGAUGAUGACCACUCAACCCAUCAGAACCAACAUGAGGAUGACUCCACUAUCUUCAUCGCCUUCCAGGGCAACAUUGAGGACAAGGACUUCCAAGCCAAGCUGGACAGGAUCUUGGAGAGCGUACCUGACAUGCUUCAAUUGGGCUAUGACAGGCUGAGCCCACAGCACGUGGAGCCCUGGAACAGUGUGCGGGUCACCUUUAAUAUCCCCAGAGAUGCGGCAGACCGUCUACGCCUGCUCGCCCAGAACAACCAACAGCAGCUGCGAGAACUAGGAAUCCUCUCUGUGCAGAUCGAAGGUGAAGGUGCCAUAAAUGUGGCUUUAGUGCAAAACAGGGGUCAAGAGGUCAGAGUCAAUGGGCCCAUGGGACCAGCCAAUCAGAUGAGGAUGGAGGUGGGCUUCCCAGUGCAGCCAGGUCCAGGCACAAUCAGAAUGAACAAUCCCUCUGUGUCUAUGGUUGCUUCAGGAGGUAACCCACAGAUGCAUGUCAGGACACCACGCCCACCCUCACAAACUGAUGCAUUGGACCCCAUGCUAUCAAAUUUAAACAUGCAGCAGCUGCAGCCUGCACACUCAUCAGUCUCCAUGCAGCCCCAGACUCACCCCAUGCAGGCAGUGCAGACUAGCAGGCAGCUUAAUCCAGUGACCCUGCAGCAGCUUCAGCAGCAGCAGCAACAACAGCAUCUUCAGCAGCAGCAGCAGCAGCAACAACAACAGCUUCAGCAGCAGCAGCAACAACAACAACAACAACAACAACAGCAGCAGCAGCAGCAGCAGCAGCAACAAACUCCACACCCUGCACUAGGGGGCGCUCGCACUCCAUUCUCCCCACCUACCCAGAUUCCCAUCCCUGCCGGCUGGAACCAGCUUCCCUCGGGGGCUCUCCAGCCACCCCCUGCCCAAGGCCCCCUCGGAGCUGGUUGGAAGAAAGGACCCCAACCUGGGCAUCUGGCACCCCGGCCUUCCUUGGCAACAAUUCAGACCCCUAGCCACCCACCACCCCCCUAUCCCUUUGGAAGCCAGCAGGCUGGCCAGGUAUUUAACCCAAUGGGACAGCCACCUGGGAAUGGCCAAUUCUCAGCCCCACAGCCCAAGGUCCUCCAGGGGCCUCCCGGAGUGAGGGGUCCCCCUCCUUCUGCACCACCUCAGUCUCAUCUCUCCGCCAAGUCGCCAGCAUCCUCCCCAUCUCCCUUUCAGCAGGGCUCUCCCGGGACACCCCCCAACAUGGGACAGAACCAGGCUCAACUGGGCCCCCGUCCCUCUGGUCCCCAGGGGUUCCCACAGGCUGGCGGCUCCCCUGGGCGGGCUGCGAUGGGACAGCAGGGCAACAUGCAGCCCGGCUUCAUGGUGAUGUCACAACAGAGCCAGGUGUCUCAGGUCCCUCAUUCUGGCAUAGGAGGUAUCCCUAAACGGCUGCCUAUGGGGUUCCCCAACGUACAAGGCAAUCAGAACUUCCUCCAGGGCCAGGGCCCCCCCAGCACUGCUGGGACCCCAGUCAGCAAUAGCAACCCUCAGCUGCAGAGCAGUCUGAGCAUUCAGCAUGCAGGAGGCCAGCCGUCUACCUCGGCUAAUCAGAUGCAGGGUCCACAUGGCCACACAAAUGUGAUCCAAACCAAUAUGAUGGGUCUGCACGGUGGUAUGAACAAUCAGCCAGUGGGGAGUGCUACGGGAGGAAACCUAAUGCAGACCCAGCAGGGCCUCCAGGCUCAGAUGAUGGGUUUACAGAACCAGCCUACGCCCUCCUCCCAAGGCCAGAGUGGGGGCCAGAUGAUCCUGUCUAGGUCUCAGUUGGUCAGCCAGGGGCAAAUGCUGGUGAGUGGCCAGAAUCCUAACAUGGGCCCUCAGCGGGGGAUGACUCCACCCAAACAGAUGAUGCCCCAGCAGGGUCAGCAGAUGAUGCAGGGUCACGGGCAACUGAUGGGGAAUCAGGGGCAGCAGGUCAUUUUGCAGCAGAACCCCAUGAUAGAGCAGAUGAUAGCCAAUCAGAUCCAAGGGAACAAACAGACCUUUGGGAUUCAGGGCCAAUCAAACAUCAUGCAAGGGCAGAUGAUGAGAGGGCAAGCACCUAAUGUGCAAGGUGGUCUGGGUCAGUUCCAAGGACAGAUGUCUCAACAGCAGCAGCAACAGCAACAGCAGCAGCAGCAGCAACAGCCACAAGUUGUAUCAAUGAAUGGAAAUCCCAACCAAGUAAUGGGCCUCCAUGGACAACCCAUGAGACUGCCAGGAGGCCACCACUUAGUCCAACAGCAGCUGCAGCAGCAGCAACCACAACAACAGCAACAAGCACAGCAGCUCAGUGACCCCAGUGGAGGUGCUGGAGAUAUGACUAUGCAGCAGCAGAUGCUCCCAGAUGUUCAGCAACAGCAGCAGGGUGGUAUGGUGGGACCACUUAACAUGCAGGCCGGCAAUAGCCACUUUCACAGCAUUGGGAUGCCCUUCAAUGCCCAGUUUGGGGGCCAGAUGGCGAUGGGUGGCCCUUGUAUACAGGCUGGUUUCCCUGGUAACAAGGAUGUCACCCUGACUAGCCCGCUGCUGGUCAACCUGCUGCAGAGCGACAUCUCGGCUAGUCAGUUUGGACCUGGUGGGAAGCAGACGGGAGCCAACCAGGGAAAGCCCAAGAAGAAGAAGCCCCCCCGCAAGAAAAAGAACAACAAUGGGGUUGUUGGGGGGCAGCAGCCAGAAGAGGCACUGGGUGGUCCAGAUGUGCGGCCUCCAGGAAUGGCAGACCCAGAGCCUCAGAUCUUGAGUGUGGAGCAGGGAGUUGGAAUGGACACUGCAGGCCCAAAGCUCUCAGACUUCACCAACAGACCUCAGGGGUUUCCUGGACAGCCAGGAGAUCAGAGAGCAAUGCAGCAAAUGCCCAUUCAGUUCAUGCAACAUGGACCACCACAGCAGCAGCAGCAGCAGCAACAGCAGUUACAGCAGCAGCAACAGCAGUUACAACAACAGCAACAGCAGCAGCAGCAGCAGCAGCAAGUGCAAUCUCUACAGUCAGGCCAGCAGGGGAUGAUGUCCCAAGGUCAAACUCAGCAGCAUCAGCAUCAUCUACAGCAGCAGCAGCAGCAGCAGCAGCAGCAGCAACAACUACAACUACAGCAGCAGCAGCAGCAGCAGAUGAUGAUGAUGCUCAUGAUGCAACAGGACCCCAAAUCUGUCAGAUUGCCUGUACCUCAGGGAGGUCCUCAACCCAGGGGACUCUUAAAUCCUGGAGAUGUCCAGAGGGUGCCUGUGUCCCAGCAAGGCAACAUGCCCGUGAUGAUCAGCCUCCAAGGUCCAGGUGCUAUACCACCGUCCCCAGAUAAGCCUAGAGUUCCCCUCAUGGUGAACCCACAACUUGCAGGUGUUGCAAGAAGAAUGCCUUUCCAGGAUGCGGCACAAGGAGGCCCUGCCUUGACCUCUGAGGAUGGCACUUCCUUGCAGGAUGGCACUUCCAUAGAAGGAGGACACCAGACUGGCAAUGGGGUACCCCAGUUAGUAGGCACUCCAGGUCCCAACCAGCUCCUGAUGAAGCCUGGGCCCUCAGCUAUUCCUCAGCACCAGGGAGCAAGCCCCCAACAGCAGCUUCAACAACAGCAGCUUCAACAACAGCUUCAACAGCAGCAAACCGCCCCCAUGUCAGGUUCACACAGUCUUCAUUUUCCCAAUGUUCCCACCUCCUCACAGACCUCCCGGCCCAAGACACCCAACCGGGCUAGCCCCAGACCCUACUACCCUCAUACCCCCACCAACCGUCCUCCUAGCACAGAGCCCUCAGAGAUCAACCUGUCCCCAGAGAGGUUAAACGCCUCCAUCGCAGGCCUCUUUCCACCACAGAUAAACAUCCCUCUGCCUCCUAGGCAGCCCAAUCUGAACCGAGGCUUCGACCAACAGGGCUUGAACCCUACAACUCUGAAGGCCAUAGGACAGGCCCCAAUAAAUCUGGGCUCCCUUAACAACAAUGGGCAGCAGGCUUUCCCCCACAACACCCCUGGGUCCUCCCCAGUUGGCAAACAGCACUCCACGGGCGGCCCUGCCAAAAGGGCCAGUCCGAGCAACAGCAGACGCGCCAGCCCUGCUUCCAGCCGCAAGACUACCCCCAGUCCAGGACGGCAGAAUGCCAAGGCAGCCAAGCUUGCCAUAAAUUCUUCCCCCAGCCAGCCCCUGGUGAACCCACAAAACAUGCUGGUCAAUCCCCUUCCUGUUUUGCCCAGCCCUGUCGGUAGUACCUUGCCUCCCUCUACAUUGGGCCAGCAGCACAUGCAGAGCCCCUUCCCCGCUGGUCCUGUUGAAAUGAACAAGGAGGGGCAAAUGGCACAGAUUGAAGGACGACAGGUUGUGCAGCCUCCAAGUGACCUCCCUGUGCCUGAGAUAAAGAGUCCCCACUUACCCCAGGAGAAGAAAACAGCUUCUGUGGAAGAGUUUACUCGACUUGAUACUCCAACACACGACAAAGCCCAACCGGUUGCUCAAGAGGAGUCUAAAGCCGCUCCUUCCCCAGCUUUGAGGGAAGCCCCGACUUCUCUCGGUCAACUGCUUGACAAUUCAGGCGCUCCCAAUGUUUCCCUUAAGCCUGUUCAGGAAGGACUGUUGGAAGAGGAGCUGAAUCGGAAGGAGACCCCAUCUACCUUUCCACGGGAUCAGGAGCCCCUUCGCAACCCUGCCACCACUCGGAGCUCUGAUACCAGUGUCCCGGACGUGAAAGAGCCAGCACCAAAUCCUAACCCUGUGCAAAGUGUCCCAGCUGUUUUACAGAGGUCAACGCCCUCAACCUCCAUCCCGUCCAAUCAGAUCACUGUUUUUGUGGCGUCAAAUCCCAUCAGCUCCUCAACCAGCACUUCUCAAGUACCACCUACUAUUGUCUCCUCGGUGGUCUCGGCUCCCCCCAACUCCCGCCCACCCCAGUUCAUCACAGGACCUGUAAUCAUCAACCCAAUCUUUCAAGUCAUGAAGGGGUCUCGGCCUGGCCAGCUCCCUGCAGCAUCCAUACCCUCCAGCACCAGCAAUGUGUCUAAGCCAGUCACUGUACUUGGCACUCUCCAAGUUCCCCCUAAUAUACAAUUCUCUCAAGCACCUACCACAACUCAGUCUUCAACGAUCAAUCCCUCCAGCACCCAGCCAGGCCACCCACUUGUUGUGGGACCCCAACCCCCUAAUCCGGUGCGGUCAGUAAAUGUGUUCCCCCAACCUACUGAAACCCCUAAGGAGUCCAAUCCUAUUGAGAUGGCCCCAGCCAAACCCAGCCCUGUUGAGAAACCUUCCUCCCACUCCAGCCCCUCCUCUUCCUCUAAACCGCUUGGCACUCCAUCCAGUCCAGGGACCAGCAAUAGUAGGAGAAGCCCAAUGUCCCCAACAACUGCUGCAGCCAAGGCGACGAGCAAGCCUGACAAUAGCGGCCAGAUACACAUGACCAAACCAUGUCGGAGUGUUCCUGAGGUCCACAAGCCGUCUGCUGAAAUUGAUGCACAGCCAGCGGUGGUUUCUGAAGGUCCACAACCCUUGGCCUCUCCAGUCAAUGUCCAGCCGGCCCUGUCUGAUGGGAAACGCCCUGCCCUCCCUCCUCCCCAGAGUGCUCCGCAGAAAAGCCCCCUGGUCCCAGCUCCCUCUACAGGUGGACCAGCUCUCACUGAACCGUCCAGCUCAGUGGGCUGCUCACCACCUACAGCUACAGCUGGUAUCCCUACUGAGGGACAUCCUGCUCCCCCAGUGUCCGAGAGCAGCCUGCCAGUAGCACACGGGGACCCAGUAGAGGAGAAGGUGUCUCUGGGAAGCACCGAGCUCACCCCAAGUACAGCAUCCAUUCAGCAAGAACCACAACAGCAAGAGAUGCCUCGUGUUGAGAAAGCAACUGGACAUGAAGUAGCUACUGUAACAGAACAGGGAUGUAUAAAGAAAAGAAAGAUGCCUGUUCACGUUGACCCAAGGGAAGCCAAGAAUAUCCCCGAGAAGCCGAAGGCCCCUAGCAGACGGAGCUCUCGAGCAGAGAGGGAUGUAGAGGAAGGGUCCACCCCGCAGGAGGCAGCUGAGAACGGGCAGCGCAAGAGGUCAGCCAGGCCAGGCUCCGCCUCCACUGCAGCUGCGAGAGAUACAAACACAGGCGCCAGCCCGAAUCAAGCCAAGCGCAGGAAAUCCAAAUAACACCGUACUGUUAACUUGUGAAUUGUAAAUGUUUGUGAAUUAUUUUUACUAUCCUUUUUUUUUUUUUUUUUUUCCUGGGCAAAUAGUUUUUUAAAAGGAAGAAUAAUUGUGUACAGAUUGUUUUAAUAAUUAAUUAAUGAUAAUAAUGUUUCCCGCAGCAAUGUGAGUUUUAUUUUAGGAGUUACUGUCGUUUUCAAACGCUGGAAUGAUGUUUAGGCACCUCUGAUUUAUCAGUGUCACGAGUAUCUUGUAUAGUUUUGCUGGAAAGCUUAAUUAAAUCUUCUACCACCCGCUUUGUGUUUUACACUAGUUAGAUUGUAUUGGAGGUCAGCUUUUUGUUUUUGAUUCUGCUGCAAAAAAGCAUUCUCGGACAUCUCUUUCUACUAUGCCUUCUGUUUUAUGGCUAUGGUCAUAAAAAUUGGUCAGCCCUUGGGUAUUUAAAGACACAUAGCCAGAGGUUUUGAUACAGUUCAGCUCAAAGCCAGCAAACCUUUCACCUUGAAAAUCGAUCUCAACUAAUCCAAGCGUGGCAUUCUGAAGACUCCUAGCAGUGCGCUUCUACACUACGGCCGCUCCAGAUGUAGCUUUUACAAUCUAUUGCAUUCAACGUUGAACACCACUAGAGGUCUCCUGAAGUAAUGAAGCUCAGACUAAGGCUCCUUGGCAGAGCAACAAAAUAGUAAUCAUUUAGGAACUAGAAUUGGAAUGUAGAGAAGAAAAAAAAAACAAUAGGCAUUUCAGUUGCAGUAAGAUUAAAUACAUUAACUUUUUACUUCACUUUUAAAAGACCCCAAAGUGAGACUGAAGCCUCACAUCUCUAGUGGCUGGCUCCACAGACCCAGAUUGACACUCACCUUGGACUGCUUUGCCGAAGUAGCAUUAUAGUUUUAAGAUUAAUGGUAAUUGUGAAACCAGCCUUAUUAUAGGUUUGGUACAUCGGUGCAGUAUCCGAUUUGGAUUUUUAGUACCAUGCUACAGGUCUGGCUUUUAUAGGUGACUCCACAUUCUAGUCCUUCUGCAUGGCUUCCUCUUCACUCCCAUGUCUGCCUGUGCUGCUGUACUCUGGGGCACCAGCUCAAAAACCAUUGCACAUCCAACCUCUUUUAUAUGCUUUUUUUUUUUUUUUUUUUUUUUUUUUUUUGCUUGCAGUGUUUAAAAAAAAAAAAAAAAAGUCGCAGGAAACUGGUCAAUUGGGGUUUAAGAAACUUGAUUUUCAGUCAUUCUCUCCUUUUUUCACAUUUAGUUGUUUUGUAGAUGCUUAAAUUACUGGUUGGUAGGGCUGUCAGUUAAGCCUCCAAAUAGCAAUCGAUUAAUUGGGCACACAAACUCGAAUAGUUCCAAUAAGUAUCUAUGAUUAUGUGGGCGGUACACAUUGUUGCACCAUUCCUCUACCCCCGACCUGAUUAUUUUAAUGUCAUUGCUCUUAUAAGUAAAACCACAACAUUCGCAACAAGCCUAAAACAAUUUAACAUACUACAGGAGUGUUACUAAAAAUAUUUAUUCCAAACAGAUUACAGUACUUUGGAAUGUAAUCUAUAUAAACUAGAAGAGUUUAUGAAAAACGUAUUUUAUUUUUAUUUAGUGACAGCUGCAGCAUCAUGCAUUGCAUCUUGUUAAUACUGUACAACCUAAACUUCACUAUCUGUGAAACACACAAUGUGGAAAUCCCUGCCUAUAAUAAUAAUAAUAGUAAUAAUAAUAAAUUGAUUUACUUACCACAACAUGCAUGCCCGCUAUACAGGUCAAGCUGAUUAACUAUGCGCGUUACAAAAAUGUAAUUUAUUUAAUCGAUUAUCCAGUGUUUAUCGAUGUAUAUAAUGAAGAAUGGAAUCGAUCGAAAAAUUGAUUUUCGAUUUAAUCAUAGCAGCCCUACUGAUUGGUCCAAUAGGGCGCUCUAACAGUGGCUGAAUCGGCAGCAUUAUCGCUGCAUAUGUGUGACAACAGAAAUGUUUUGGCAAAAUUGAUAGGUUUUUUUGUUUUGUUUUUUUUUUCCUUCUGUUUAGUGAAGCUGAAUGCAUAUAGUAUUAGAAAGAGAAAUUGAGUGAAAUAUAUCAUAGUGGUUGCAAAAUAUGAAGUCCGAAUAGUUCUACUCUCUCACACACGAUAAACAUAAGGUUUUCUUGGACAUUUUCAGUGCACCAAUAAAUGUAUUUCCUUCACCAGGAAUUUAAAUGUAUGUGCUAUGUUUGAGUUUGGUAUUAACUGUUGACAAACAGGCAUAAACAGCAUUUUCUAUAUUGAUUAGAUAUCACUCUAUUGGCAUAGUUUAUGGUAUCGGUACUAUCUUGCUUAUUGUGCAUUUGCAUUUUAAUAAUAUGUGGUUGGCCUAAAUAUGGUUUAAUAUAUUCUCUCUCUCUCUCUGUUACUGUGCAGAUCAUAAGCCUUAAAGCUGUGCUUUUAGAAUUGGUCAGUUUGCAGGCAUUUGAAAAGUUCCACGCAUCUGUGUCCUACUUCUAGGACCACAAACACUGGGACUGAUUUUUUGAAGUAUUGCUUAAGCUAUAAACUUGUAAUGCCAGAGUAACUCCUAUCCACAUAAUUUAAAUCAAUUAAAAUCCCAAUAUCCCAGUUGUAUGACACAAAUAAAAACACUUUUAAAAUGGUUUCUUUUACCUGUGAGAGGCUUUAAGGUGAAACUAACCAUAUGUGGUUUUUUUGUGUGUUUUCCUAUAUUCUGACUUUUAUGCUAUUGUUGCAUAAAAGUCUUCUGCAAAUCAAAAUGCCUCUGACCCAAAUUACAACCCUGCUAAUAUACCCACACCUUGGACAAUAAAUAAGGAAAGCGUUCAGAUAAUCUGUGAUCAUUAAUACAGGCCCAGUUUUUUUGUCAUGCUUGCAUACAUGCUGGCCCAUUUUCAUCUUGCAUGUUCCAUCCAUGUCAUGUAGAAUAACCACUAAUUCCUUGUGUUUGCCCAUCUUGUUACUCUUAAUAUUUUAGCGAGACUUUAAAAUGCCUUGCUUUGGUUUUGCCUCAAAAAAUUAUGUUUUAUGUGAAUAGAAGCGAACUGGUGUAACAUUAUGCUUAUAUUUUUGUUUAAAAACAAACAAACAAAAAAAAAACCUUGUAAAUAAUUUUAUAGAAUAUUUGAUGUCAGUGGUUGUAGAAAUGGACCAGAAAAAAAAGAUACUUAAGAUUUGAGAUGUAAUUGUGUGGUGUUCACAAUAAAUGUUGCUAUUUCCUUAAA